AAAACACUAGUAACCUCUGGAAUAGGUUUUAACCAAGUUCGAACUACAACCGAAUCUCGAUCCUCUACUGAAACAUUGAAGUCUGAAGACCUCAGGGCGAAGAUUUUUUUCGAAGUUCUAGGAGCAGGAUGAGCGGUUCCAACGAAUUUCCUACAGUGGCUACCAUAAUCGGCUGCCCCGAACAGUUAAGCUCGGCAAACGGUCUGGUCGCGACCCCUUUGACAAUACCUGGGGACUUCCAGCCAGAUGACACUUCCCAGGUGAAAGAUCCGGUGCAGAGGGCUGUCCUGGACAACAUCUGCGGAAAGCUGCCGACGAAAACCCCCGUGAAAAGUUUGAAAUGUGAUGUCUGUAAUAUUGAGUGCAAUGGUUCAGUAUCAUUUCAAGUCCACAUGCAGGGGGCAAAGCAUCAAAAAAAGCUAAAAGAACAGAAUAUGAAGUCUUUUGCUAAAUUGCCUUUUAUAAUCGAAGACAAAGAGACAAAAACAUUCCAAUGUAAAUACUGCAACACUACACUGAAUGCUAUAAGCCAGAUUGAAGCACAUAUUGAAGGUUCAAAGCAUAAAAGUAAAACCAAAACUACAUCUAAUGAACAAAUAAUACACAAUGUCUCUAACAAUAUAAAGAACAACUGUCAGUCGAAACAGUGUGCGGAUUCGUCGCCCAAACUCGAUACGAACAUCAAUUAUUGUUCGAUAUGCAACAUCCACACUAAUUCUAAACUGCAACUGGCUCAGCAUGCAGUAUCACAGAAGCAUAUGAACAAAGUCAAAGCACAGAAACAAGGCCGGUAUAAUCCGUACAAGAAAAGCGGUAACUGGGACAACAAUUAUCAACCUAAGCAGAACGGAGGUAGUCCUUUUUCCAAACUGAGCUGCGGCAUUAUGACUCUUGGAACAGGUACAGGGAAUUACCAACGACCUUGGGUAAGAGAAAGCGAUGGAUACCAGUACAACCCAACGCCGAGUACCCAGUUUUAUAGGAGGAAAAACACGCUUGAAGACAGAUUGUAUAAUGGAAACCUAAGAUCUCUGUCGCUGUAUAGAAAUUGUAUAAAUUGUGUAUUUUAAUAAUACUAAAGUGUAAGGACACACUUUUGGUCUCAAAUGUUUGAAAAUAGGUACCAAAUUCUUUUUUUUUUCAUAUUAAAUUUUUCAAGUAUGUCAUAACUA